AUGUCGUCUUCGAAUGUCGACAGGCAGAUGCUCAAGCAAUGCCGGGAACUGAUUUUACAAAACCAGUGGGAACCGGCAUUAUCCAAAGCGAAUGCUAUUCUUGAGUUUCAUCAUGAGAAUUAUCAUGCACUCGUGUUUAAAGGACUUGCUCUAUUGCACUUGGGACAAUACGCGGAGUCUGAGGCGGCGUAUUCCAAGGCUACACGCAUCGAUCCUAUCCAGAUGCUCGCUUGGCAGGGACUCGAAAAGGCAUAUGAAUCACAGAAGAACUGGUUGAAGCUUAUGCAGAUGCUGGAAGAAGUCGCGGACUUGGCUCGAAGAGAGUACGUAAGAGCCGAGAUCGUCUGA